AAGGAAGCCGAGGUGGCGCUCAGUCUGGCCUCCCUGGAGGCUGAUGUGGUGGUUUUGCCCGUCCGUGGGCGCCCUUACCGGACUCUGUAAGCCAGGCUGGCGGCGGAUGGAAUCGAGGACUCGCGCGGAGGCAGGAUGCUUCCAGCUGGCGAGAUAGGCAGGGUGUCGGCAGCCCCGGUGACCUUUUGGAGCCCUGUGUGCACUCCACUUGAAUCUAACUUGUUCGCCACACCCGUUUUUCUGCCAGUGCUGCCCCGAAAGCGGUGACCAAAUGAAGAACACAGAGGAGAAACGUGACAUGAACAUUGCAGCUCUUGUUGGAAGCGAACAACCCAUGCAAGGUAGAGGUGACGAUGAGCUUCCCCUGAACGUGUCUGCAUUCAUAGAAAAGGAAGUGGGAAGUGACCUGAACUCUUUAAAGAAACUUGGCAAACUCAUAGAACAGAUGACAGAAAAUAAAAUGAAGUUACAAGAACAGGUACUUGCAAUUUCGUCAGAAAUCCCUAAAAGAAUUCAAAGUGCUUUAAAAGAUGCAGAAGUAUCCAGACACGUUCUUAGUCAGUUUCUGGAGCAGGAAACUCCUCUCUUCAGCUCCAUCACCAGCCAUUUGCUGACUGCACAGCCCUGGAUGGACGACCUCAGUGCCAUGAUCAGCCAGAUAGAAGAGAUCGAGCAGCAUCUCACGUACCUUAAGUGGGUUUCCCAGAUCGAAGAGCUAAGUGAUAACAUUCAGCAAUACCUGAUGACCAAUAAUGUGCCAGAGGCAGCCUCUAUCCUGGUCGCCAUGACAGAAGUUGACAUCAAGCUUCAGGAGUCAUCUUGUACUCAUCUUCUUAGUUUCGUGAGAGCGACAGUUAAAUUCUGGCAUAAAAUUCUCAAGGACAAGCUUACCAGUGAUUUUGAGGAAAUUUUAGCACAGCUUCAUUGGCCAUUCAUCACACACACCCAGUCUCAGACUGUUGGCAUAAGCCGGCCUGCUGGUGCGCCUGAGGUGUAUUGUACCCUGGAGACCCUGUUUUGUCAACUGUUGAAACUUCAAGCCUCAGAUGAAUUAUUAACUGAGCCAAAACAACUACCAGAAAAAUAUUCUCUUCCUGCAUGCCCUUCUGUGAUCCUGCCCAUCCAGAUCAUGCUGACUCCCCUUCAGAAGAGAUUCAGGUACCAUUUCAGAGGAAGCCGGCAGACGAACGUCAUCAGCAAGCCUGAAUGGUACUUGACUCAGGUACUCAUAUGGAUUGGAAACCAUGCUCACUUUCUGGAUGAGAAGAUUCAGCCAAUAUUGGAUAAAGCAGGCUCUGUAGUAAAUGCCAGGCUCGAGUUUUCCUGGGGCCUUGUGAUGCUCGUCCUUGAGAAGCUGGCUUCCGACAUACCUUGCCUGCUCUAUGAUGACAAUCUCUUCUGCCAUUUGGUGGAUGAGGUGUUGUUGUUUGAGAGGGAGCUGCACAGCGUCCAUGGCUACCCUAGCACUUUGGCCAGUUGCAUGCAUAUUCUGUCAGAGGAAACCUGUUUUCAGAGAUGGUUGACUGUGGAGAGAAAAUUUGCUCUUCAAAAAAUGGACUCGAUGCUUUCAUCAGAGGCUGCUUGGGUAUCUCAAUAUAAAGACAUCACUGAUGUGGAUGAAAUGAAGGUUCCAGACUGUGCGGAAGUUUUUAUGACUUUACUUUUGGUUAUAACUGACAGGUAUAAAAAUCUUCCCACAGCUUCCCGAAAGCUACAGUUCCUGGAGUUACAGAAAGAUCUAGUCGAUGAUUUUAGGAUACGAUUAACACAGGUCAUGAAAGAAGAGACCAGAGCUUCACUUGACUUCCGGUACUGUGCAAUUCUUAACGCUGUGAACUACAUCUCCACAGUCCUGGCAGAUUGGGCUGACAAUGUUUUCUUCCUGCAGCUUCAGCAGGCAGCGCUGGAGGUCUUUGCAGAGAAUAACGCCCUCAGUAAGCUGCAGCUGGGACAGCUGGCCUCCAUGGAGAGCUCUGUCUUCGAUGACAUGAUUAAUCUCUUGGAGCGUUUAAAGCUUGAUAUGUUGACUCGCCAAGUGGACCACGUUUUUAGAGAAGUGAAAGAUGCCGCAAAGUUGUAUAAGAAGGAAAGAUGGCUGUCCCUGCCGUCUCAGUCUGAACAGGCAGUGAUGUCCCUGUCCAGCUCAGCCUGCCCACUCUUGCUGACCUUGCGAGAUCAUCUGCUUCAGCUGGAGCAGCAGCUUUGUUUCUCCUUAUUCCGAAUUUUCUGGCAGAUACUUGUAGAGAAGCUGGAUACAUACAUCUAUCAGGAGAUAAUCCUUGCUAAUCAUUUCAACGAAGGAGGAGCAGCCCAGUUACAGUUCGAUAUGACACGGAAUCUUUUCCCUUUGUUUUCUCACUAUUGCAAGAGACCAGAAAACUACUUUAAACAUGUAAAAGAAGCCUGCAUUGUUCUGAAUUUGAACAUUGGUUCUGCAUUACUCCUGAAAGAUGUCCUGCAGUCAGCUUCCGAGCACGUUCCUGCCACAGCAGCCUUAAAUGAAGUUGGAAUUUACAAACUGGCUCAGCAAGAUGUUGAGAUUUUGCUCAAUUUGAGGACAAACUGGCCUAACACUGGAAAAUAAUGUAUCUUUAAGAAAAGGGCUAUUUAACAAAGAAAAUAGUUGGAUUGAAGUUAUCUGCUAAAAGUUCUGAAUUACUGAAACUGGACAAAUGAAAACUUGGUAGAAUCAUUUAUUAUCUUGAGUUAUGCUGUCACCAAAGCAAUGAACAUGCUUCCUCCGUCCUCCUGCUCCUAAGAAAACAAAGAACAGAAAACUCAGCUAUAAGAAGCAGAGUAAUUACAAAUUAGGAUUACGGAUAGGCAUGCAGACAUCUGAAGACAGCGUGGGCGCAAAGGCCAGCCAUAACUAACCUCCACUUUGCUAAUCAAGGGGAACUAUUGUAGAAAGCUGAACACCCCCAGUACAUUGUAGAAAUACUAAGUUACGGAUGUAUGUUGACAAUUGAGGUUCCUGUACCCAGUUGGGAUUUUACUAUGUUUAUAUGAGAAAUGCACAGUGCGUUGGGAGUGGGAGAAGACACCUAUAAUCUCAGGAGGAUCACUGUGUGUUUAAGACUCGCCUGGGCAGCAUAGAUUCUGUCUCACCAGAGAAAAACAAAACAAACAAACCACACCACCCCCAAACCAACAACACAACAGUUUUAUGAGAUGGUGGUUAAGCUAUAGUUGUUCCUAAUUUUCAAUUCUCAUGUCUUUCAAUUAAAGUAUUUGUUGUAUUUGUGUGUGUGUGUUCAUGAGCAUGUGUGUGUCUAUUUGCUCAUGUGUGGGAUAUAUAGGUGUGUGUGCGCCUGUGGAGGUCAGAGGUCAAUCUUGGGUGUUGUUCCCCAAGAUGUCCACCUUGUUUUGGAGACAGGGUCUCUCACUGGGACUUUGGGCAGGCCCAGGGUUCUUCUGUCUCUGCCUCCCCUAGACAGGCAUUACAAGUGUAAACCAUCUCGUAACUAUUAGCCACACCUGUUGACAAUAACCUUGAGAGAGCAGAACUCUGGCCUAAAUCUAGGUGGGAGCUUUGUUUGAAGUAGAAACACAAUAAUCUUGAAGGAACAAGAGGUAAGUUCCACCUCUCUGACCUUUGGUCAAGGUUAAAAUAUGCUCACAUUUUUUGGGCCUCCAUGGGUGUCUACAUACCCACGCCCGUCCUGGAACUCACUAUAUUAAGAUAUAGGCUUCCCUCGAGCUCACAGAGAUCUGUGUGCUGGGAGUAAAGGUGUGUUCCAACAUACCCCACAGUGAUGCAGUUUCCUGUUGAGACAAAAAUUAAGCUGCCUAUCAUUACCCCUCUCCUUACCCAGGGUGAGUUUUCCUUGUGUUCACUUUGUAACUACUUGGAAGUUAAAGGGAGUGAAAUAUUUCACUCAAAACUAAGAUGGCUUGGCAGGUAAGGUGCUUGCUGUGCAUGUGUGAGGACCUACCUGAGUUUGAAUCCUCAGAACCCAUGUAAAGCUGCUCACACUAGGGUGAACGCUGCUUCUACAGUAAGAUGUGAGGUGGAGAUGGAGAAGCCUAUAAGUUGUGGACUGGCCAGCCAGGGUUCACAGUGCUGCAGCAAGCGACAGAGUGUAGGAGGUGAGAACUGACACCUGAGAUUGCUCUGACCUCUACAUGUGUGCUAUGGCUAUGCAUGCACACAUAUUACACACACUACACACACAGACAUAUGCACACACAUACUCACACACCCACACACUAAACAAGAAAGGGUAAGUGGUACUUUGUGUGCAGUUGUGUUCAGAAUCAUACCAUGUUACUAAAAUAUGAAAAAGCUUACACUUUGUCCAGUUAUUAGAUGCUCCUUAUCAUUGAAAAGUUCACCUGCAGCACACAGACCCAAGUGUGUUAAGGCUGCAAAAGUGAGCAUGAGAAGAAAUGAAAAUUUGUGACGUGACCUUUAUACUACACAAAUGAUAUGCUACCUCUGCUAGAGGAGACCAUUUGAAAACACUGACAUGCUGUUAUCAGUAAAGAAAGGAAGCAUUCUAUUAACUUCGUGAUUCUGAGUAAAGUCUCCUGGUUUUUCUGCAAAUAGUUGAAAUUCUUGUAUGAACUUAAACUAUAACAAGUGGAAAAAUAGUCAUAGUGUUAGUUUUUCUUAAGAUGAGCCUCUCUGCCGACACAAAUAAUUCCAAUCAGACCAAAUAAAUGCUGCCCAUGUUUAGUGCAGUGCUCCUGGGUGGCCCCAGGGGAGAUGGAGAGGGAAAGAGAGAAAAGGGGAGACCACGGGAAACCUGGAGACCAGUCAGUGAGAUGUCUCUCUCUGUCAAUUGUAGAGCUUGGGAAGUUUCUUUCAAUGUACUUCCUGUUUACUUAGGUAAUGUUUUAUCCUUCUGGAUUCUUUGAUGGAUUUGAAGAAUACAUUGUUUUCCUUAGUUGUGAUAAAAGAUAAAAUAAAUAUAAAUAUUGUAACUGUAA